AUGUUGGAUCGGUUACGAGCGCUUAUUCGAUCAAGAAAUACUCUUCAACAACCAUUUGAAGUAGAAGUAAAAUCAAGUAAUAAAGAAGAACAAAGAGAAGAAUGGGAUCGACCAAUUGAAUUUAUUCUUUCAUUAGUUGGUUGUUCUGUUGGUCUGGGUAAUGUAUGGAGAUAUCCUUAUAUUGCAUUCAAAAAUGGUGGUGGCGCUUUUCUUAUACCAUAUUUUUGUGUGUAUUUUCUUAUUGGAACACCACUUUAUUUUCUUGAAUUAUCACUUGGUCAAUUUACUAGUCGUGGUGCUACAGUUGCUUUUAAGAUGUCACGACUAGGCUGGGCAAUGGCAGUUAAUUCAUUUCUUGUUACAAUCUAUUACAAUAUAAUUAUUGCUUGGUGUUUAUUUUAUUUUUUUGCUUCAUUUCGAAAAAAACUUCCGUGGAGUGAUUGUGGAAAUUGGUGGAAUACAGAAAGUUGUUCAAAUCCAGGUUAUCCAUCAAAGAAUGCAACGAUAAAUUUUCUUUGCCUUUCAACUAAUCAAUUCAGUAAUUGUUCAUUACCUACAUCACCACCGGAAGAAUAUUUUGAUAAUUAUGUUUUACGACGAAGUAAUUCAUUAGAAGCAAUGGGUUCUCCACAUUGGUCUCUUGUACUGUGUUUACUCUUAGCAUGGAUACUUGUUGCUGCUUGUAUUAUUCAAGGCAUCAAAUCAUCUGGCAAAGUAGUUUAUUUUACUUCAUUAUUUCCUUAUGUUGUAAUUUUUGCUUUGGUUAUUCGUGGUGUAACAUUACCAGGUGCAGCAAAUGGAAUUUCAUUUUAUUUGAAACCAAACUGGAAUAAAGUUCGAGAAUUUGAUGUUUGGAUUGCAGCUGCUUCUCAAGUUACUUUUUCUUUGUCAGUAGGAUUCGGUUCCAUACUUGGUUAUGCUAGUUUUAAUAAAUUUAAAUCAAAUUAUCUUAGAGAUUGUAUAAUUGUUACUGCUUGUGAUUGUUUUACUUCGGUAUUUGCGGGUUUUGCUGUUUUUCCUAUUCUUGGUUUUAUGUCAUAUAAAACGGGUUUACCUGUUGAUCAAGUAGCUAAAGCUGGGCCAGGCUUAGCUUUUAUUGCUUAUCCACAAGCAUUAUCAAUUAUGCCUGGUGGUCCAUUUUGGGCAUUUGCACUAUCUGAUGUAACAAUAUCCGGUUUAUUAGAUACUUUUACUAGUCUACGACGUUAUAAAACAUAUUUUAUCCUUGGAUAUUGUGUAGUUUGUUUUCUAUUAGCACUUCCUAUGUGUACACCGUUUAUGGAAGAUGUUCGAAUGAUGUUGGAUAAACGACCGCUCGAACCUUAUUGGUUUUUAACUUGGUGUAUAUCAGGUCCGAUAAUUACUCUUAUUGUUUUCUUUUCAUCAAUAAUACAGUUUCGAGCACCAACCGAAGGAAAAUAUGUAUAUUCAACAUAUACUAAUGUUCUCGGUUGGCUUAUGGUUAGUUCAUCGAUUAUAUUUAUUCCAGGUGGUAUAAUCUAUGAACUUAUUAAAGCAUGGAAAGCAACGCAUCGUUAUGAUAAUCAAAUGUCAAUUGAAAUGCCGCAUUACUUACGAGCAUUAACGUAUGCAAGUCAACCGGACAAAGAUUGGGGACCAGCAAGAAAAGAAACUCGAUAUGGUCGAUAUGAAGCAAUGAAUCAAACAAUGGAAAAUGAUAGCAAACCAAAUAAUGGAUCGAUUAUUAAUGAUAAUGAAAAUGUUAAUGAAGCUUUUGAUCCUGAACUUGACAUGACUUCACGAUUUUAA